AUGUUCCAAUCUCCUCUUGCCAUUGCAUAUAUUGUGUAAAAUAAAACUACCUCUUCCUUCCUCACUGCGAUGGCAUCCCUUUCCUCGACACUCUGCACUCCAGGCUUCAAUUACCCCCUCUCUUCUCCAACCUCAAUCUCUCUUAGCCAAACUACUCUCCAUCAAUUCGGCGCGGCUAGUGCGAGCUAUAUUCUCUACUCAUAUUUGCUUCCAUCAUCUAUCAAUCCCUACCAUCGCCCUCUUUCUGUUUUGAUCAUAUCAAACUUGGUUCUCACUUUGCCAUCACCAUUUCCAUAGGGAGUUGAAUUCAGGCCCCUGGCUUAGAAGUAGUAGUAUUUGAGGAAUUGGUGGCAUGUAGAUUUAAGCUCAACUGAAGUUGUCGCUGUGGACAUCUCCUCAUCAUCUUUGACCAUGCGAGAGUGAUCAGAAGGGGUGGCUACAAUGGAAUGAACACUUAUCUUCUCUCUUGAAAAAGCUCUAAGGGUACCAACAUGAUGGCAGAGACGAUGACCACGAAGACGAAGCCAGGGAUGGCGGAGCGGUUACUGCUCCCAUUGAGCAUGGUACUGGUCCAGCUAUUCACCAUAGGUGCCCUCCUCCUCGCGAAGCUAUCAUUCAAUAGUGGGAUGGCACCUUUCGUCCUCCUCGCAUACCGCAACCUCAUUGGCACCGUCACCAUGUUACCCUUCGCCUUCUGGUUCGAGAGGCAAAUGAUGAAAAAGGUUAACUACAAGGUACUGGGCUGGAUAUUUUUCAACGCUUUGUUCGGAAUUGUUUUGGCUAUGGGGCUACACUACUACGGCCUACGCGCUACCAAUGCUGGAUACACCGUCAAUUUCCUAAAUUUGGUCCCCGUCGUUACCUUCAUCAUUGCAGCGAUCUUCCGAUUGGAGAAGCUGAAGCUGAAGACGCGGUCUGGCAUGAUAAAGGUGAUUGGCACGGUGAUCUGUGUUGUGGGCACCAUGGUGGUGAGCCUGUACAGGGGCAAGCUGCUGCAUUUGUGGCCUACCCACCUGCUGAAGCCGGCGCAGCUGCGGGCGAUCGGCGGCAGCGACGACUCCACCUUCCCUACCCACCACAACAUGCUCAUCGGGACGCUCUUCCUUUGCGGCAGUUGCCUCAGCUACGCCUUCUGGUUCAUCGUUCAGGCCAAAGUGAACAAGGAGUUCCCAUCUAAGUACUUCUCGACGAUGCUCGCAUGCUUGAUGGGGACAAUCCAGGCGGUGGUGAUCGGGAUCGCCGUCGACCGGGACCGGUCGGCAUGGGCACUCCACUGGGAUCUGCAGCUGAUCACCAUCAUCUAUUCGGGGGUUUUCAACACGGCUGCCACCUUCUGCUUGAUCACGUGGGCGGUGUCACGGCGAGGGCCAACCUACCCCUCCAUGUUCAACUCGCUUGCGCUGAUCAUCACCGUCGUCCUUGACUCGAUGCUGCUUGGAAGCGACAUCUCUGUCGGGAGCUUGCUAGGGGCAUUUAUGAUAAUCAUUGGCCUCUAUUCCUUCCUCUGGGGAAAAGGGAAGGAGAUAAAAGAGCAGCAGCAGCAAGUUCCCACGAAUACAGAGGCAGAUCAGAGCAAAAUCACUUAUCCUAAAAGUAAUGGUGAGGUGCGAAUUAUGUUGGAUACAUAGACAAUGUAGAUUGUAGAGAUCGCUAGAUAUAACAAAGGAUUGUAUUUGGAUUACUAUAGACUAGAAUUAAGUCGCUUGUUUAUUGAUGAGGUAUAUGUUGAUUCUUCUAUCGUCAAUAGAGAAAGAUAGGAAGGUGAGUGUAGUUUAGCCAUUUCUCUUUGCAUACAUGGAAGGUAAGUACUAUAUAUGGCGAAAUAGGAAGCGUUAUCACC